AUAUUUGUAGAUUAAACAUUUUAGAUAAAUAUUUAUCUAGAAAAAAUGUUAAAUCAAUUAAUUCAAAAAAGAAUAGAUGAAUUUAUUCAAAGAAAAUUUAUGUUAAUAAAACAUAAAAUAUAUACGAUGUACAAUAAUGAUAGUUGUAUUGUAAAGUAUAUCCUGUGUCCUCUUACGGCACAUAGGAAAAACACGAUAAAAUCCACUGUGUGAUCUAUAGGUCACUAUAACCUCAAAAAAUUGCAUUAUGCAUAAUCUAUCAGUGAGAAGUAACCUUUGAACAUAAUAUAAGUUUAAAGUAUUAUCAUCAUAUUCUUAUUUAUUUAUUGCCACUAUUAGAAUGGCAAUUAUGAAAAUAUUAUUACGACCAGACAUCGUAAGAUUCACGGGAGUCAGACAUCUAAGUAUUAAACCAAAAUUUGGUUUACUUUUUGACAUUGAUGGUGUAUUAGUACGUGGCAAGAAAGUAUUACCACCUGUAUCAGAAGCUUUUAAACAACUGCAAGGAAAAGAUGGCAAAUUCCGUGUACCAACUGUAUUUGUUACUAAUAGUGGAAAUGCAUUACGUAGUCAAAAGGCAGCAGAUUUAUCUAAAUGGAUAGGAUUUGAAGUAAAAGAAUCACAAGUUAUUAUGGCUCAUUCACCAUUAAAAUUAUUUAAUCAGUUCCAUAAUAAACAAGUACUAAUAUCUGGUCAAGGACCAAUCAAAGAAAUAGCUAAGGAAUUAGGUUUUCAAAAAACAGUAACUAUUCAAGAAUUAGUGAAAAAUUUUCCUUGUUUAGAUUAUGUAAAUAUGGAAAAGAGAAAUCCAAUAUGUGGUCCUGUGGAUCCUACAUUUCCUAAAAUAGAAGCCAUUGUAUUAUUUAGUGAACCCAUUUCUUGGGAAACCCCAUUACAACUUAUAAUAGAUCUUUUAAUGACUAAUGGCAUGCCUACUGGUUUGCUUGAUGAUAUUCCAUAUCCACACAUUCCAAUCUUGGCAUGUAAUAUGGAUUUAUUAUGGGUAUCAGAAGCACCGAUUCCUAGAUAUGGUCAUGGUACUUUUUUACUUUGUCUAGAAUCACUAUAUAAAAAGAUUACAGGAAAAGAUAUGAUAUAUUCUGCUCUAAUCGGAAAACCUAGUGAAAUAACAUAUUAUCAUGCAAAUUAUAUGCUUCAUGAACAUGCUAAAAGUAUUGGUAUAGAUAAUGUUAACACCAUAUAUGCUAUUGGAGAUAACAUCAACACUGAUAUUUUUGGUGCAAAUUUGUACGAUAAAUAUUUAUCUUAUUGUGCAAAAGAGGAAGCAUUAAAAUCUGAUAAAUUGAAGAAAUUACUUGACAAGGAUAUCAAACCACCCAAUGCAAAAGCUUGUAUUAGUAUUUUAGUUGAAACUGGUGUUCAUCAACGAGAUUCUGAUUUUAUAUCAGAGCACAGUCCUAGAGACUUCUUACCAGUCGAAGAUGGUCUUGGCAAGCCUGCAUUCGUAGUAAAACACGUUGGCGAAGCUAUUAACGUCGCGUUUAAGGAAGAAAAAUUUGACUGAAUUAAUAUAAUGCUAUAGAACAUCUUUUUAGACUUGGAAUGUUCAUCCUAAUAUUGAUUAAGAUAAAAAGAAGAGAUGCAAGAAAUUAUAUAUAUCUAUAUUGCUAAAUAUCACGUAAGUAUCAUGUUAAUUUCGGUAACUUUUUUUCGAAGGCAAGAACGU